AUGGCUACCAUCCAGAGAGCUGUCAUUUCGCUCCUCUUGAUCCUCUCGAUCACUUUCGUCUUCUUUGCUCAGAGCACCGAGGCUGCGAAGGGUCCAAAGAUCACUCACAAGGUCUACUUCGACGUUACCCACGGCGAUGAAGAGCUAGGCCGCAUCACCAUCGGUCUCUACGGCAAGACCGUCCCCAAGACCGCUGAGAACUUCCGUGCUCUCGCUACUGGCGAGAAGGGAUUCGGUUACGAAGGCUCUACUUUCCACCGCGUCAUCAACAACUUCAUGAUCCAGGGUGGUGACUUUACCAAAGGCGAUGGUACAGGAGGUAAGAGCAUAUAUGGAGAGAAGUUCCCCGACGAGAACUUCAAGCUCAAGCACACCCGCAAGGGUCUCCUCAGCAUGGCCAAUGCUGGCAAAGAUACCAACGGCUCUCAGUUCUUCAUCACCACCGUCAUCACCAGCUGGCUCGAUGGCCGCCACGUCGUGUUCGGAGAGGUCCUCGAGGGCUACGAGGUCGUGGAGAAGAUUGAGAACGUGAAGAAGGGUGCUGGAGACAAGCCGGUCCAGACUGUCAAGAUCGCCAAGAGCGGAGAGCUCGAGGUGCCAGAGGAAGAUUUAUACGGCCAUGCUGAACCAGCCAUUCCUGGCGACGAACUCGAUAUCACAGCGACUCCGUCUCACGACGAUAUCGUCAACAUUGCUGAGGUAUCCCAGGCCUCUUCCACCAAGGGCAAAAUUCCUGGCCUGGCUGCUGCUGCUGGUUCUGCUGAUGGUUUGUCGGUCGGUCAGAAGCUUUUCUUUAUCGGGGCUGUCGUUGCGAUUUGCGUGCUCUUCUUGAAAACGCGAAAUGGAGGGCAAAGCAACAUUAUGGGUGGGCUCAAGGAGAAGAGCAUGGCCUAG